UUAUCGUUCUUUGAUUCCUUACAUUCUCUGCGUGAUAACUUCCCCUUAAAUUUCAAGUACCUAUUUAUGUAGUUUUAAAGAAUUCUAUUUAUUAUCUAUAACAAGAUUACUUAUAGUUACUUCAAUUUAUUAUAAUCAAAUUAUAUUCAUAUUUUGAAUUUAAAGAAAAAAAAAAAAAAAAAAGGUAUAACAAUUAAUAAUUAUCGAGCGAUGAAAUAUUGAAAAAUUUUAGUUACUUAAUGCUUAGUACUAUUCGAACCAAUAAAUUAUUAACCACCAUGUUACCAAAAAUUGUAUUCGUUCUUGGAGCUCCAGGUUCCGGAAAGGGUACUCAAUGUCAAAACAUUGUUAAGGAAUUUGGAUUUGAUCAUUUAUCUGCAGGAGAUUUAUUACGAGCUGAAAGGCAAACACCGGGAUCUCCAGAUGGUGAACUUAUUGAACAACAUAUCAAAGAGGGAAAAAUUGUUCCCGUUGAAAUAACAUGUAGAUUAAUUGAAAAAGCAAUGAAUGUUUCAAAAAAUGAUAAGUUUCUAAUUGAUGGAUUUCCAAGGAAUGAGGAUAAUUUAAUUGGAUGGAACAAGCAAAUGUCUGAAAAAGUUCAACUGUUAUUUGUACUUUUCUUUGAAUGCGAUGAAAAGACGUGUACAGAACGAUGUUUGUCACGAGGUGCUGCAGGCAGUGGGCGUUCUGACGAUAACAUUGAAAGUUUAAAAAAACGUUUUCAAACCUAUCAGAAUGAUACAUUACCAAUUAUAAAUCUAUAUGAUGAACAAGGUCUAGUCAAACGAAUUGAUGCGAACGGAUCUCCAAGUGCUGUGUUCGAUUUGGUCAAAGUGGUAUUUAAUGAUGUACUUAGUAAAGGUGAUAAUUAAAUAAUUUAAUUGUAGAUAAUGAUAAUUUUUUAGAAAAAUUAUUUUAAUCUAUUAUAGAAAAUCGAUGAAUAAAUAAACAAUAUUGAAGCAACAGUAUUAGUAGAAGAUCAAUCUAUUUCAAAUCUAAAUUAAAUAAAACACAUAAAAAUGAUGUUAUAUGGUUUUUAUUCGUAAGAUAAUUUUUUUACCAUUCAUAUGGGUAGUUAGAAUGAAGCAUAGGGUGUGACAUGAUCGUUUUUAACCUAAUAAGGGCUUAGGAGUUCAAUUGAAAAUAAUUUAUUUAUAUCGUCAGUUUACAAAGUUAAAAUACAAUACGUUUUAGAAUCUAUAGUGCCUAGCCUAAACUUUACCUACAAUACAUCGUCUUAUUAAAUAAGUACAUCGAAAUAUUCAACAUUUUACAUAGGUUCUUAAUAAGGGCCUAGGACAGGAGUGGCGACCACUUAUACAUCAAGGUGCCAUUUUUAUUUACUACAAAAAAUACAUUUUGCGCAAUCUCGGUUAUACACUUAAUUCAAAUCGUUAUAUCCUGUAUCCUGUACGUGCUCUUACUGUAGAGAAAUUCGUUCCGUUAUAGACUUCCAGUACAAUGCCACAGUACUGUAGAGGAAUUAAUGACGUCAUAAAACUCAUAUAUCGCCGCCAUUUUUGUACUGCAAGUACUGGCGUUUUAGAGUUAAGGCAUUGUCAGUGCUUUGAACACGUGAUCAAAAUCAAACAGCGCCAGUUUUAUAAUAGUUGCAUAAAGCAAUACAUAAAAUAGCCAUUCUUAAAGAGUCCUUCAUAACAGCUCUGAUUUUGAUUAUUUUUUUAAAAAUGUUUUCGAAACCUCUAACCUCUGUUGUUACAGAUUAGAUGGCAAAUAACUUAAAUUAGGAUUGCAAUAGAUGUUACUUUUACCAGAAUGCUUUGAAUGCAUGCUGAUUGAAUGAAUAAAGUCAUUUGUCAAAUGCUUUUUAAGCAAGUCUUUAAUGAAAAUAUGCUUAAAAUAGCACGAGCUGUUCUUCAAACCAUUAAAUGUGUCUGAUAACAAAUAUCGGUGGCAUGCCCAAAAUAUUGUGUGGCGUGCCAUUGGUUCGCCAUUCCUGACCUAAGUCAAUUUAGGAUAAUGAGACUGUAAAAAAAGAAAAACUGCUAAAUAAUUUUGUGCGACUUUGUAAUUGUUUGUUGUUGUAAACCCAAUGUUUAAUCCGUGGAGACCUUCAUUUCGCACAUCCUGAAGUAUUCGCCGAGCACCAAAUACUUGCCUACAGCUUCCACAAGAAAUGGCUAGGAAAACAAUGUUUCUAGUCGCAAUUGGAUAACUUGGAUAUAACGGGGCACAGUGGUAGAAAAUUGAAAUAAUCGAACGGAAUUUUUAUAUCCAGUGUAUUGCUAAAGGAUUUAUGCCCAUUUGAUGGACUAUUCGAGAUUUUUCAAUUCAUAUCUUAUAUAAUUAAAUUUUUUUUUUUAAAGUUUAAAGAGGUUGGGGUUCAAUACUACCUAUGAUUUUUUUUAAAUCAAUAAUCUUAGCUAGUUACUUGAUCUGGGUGAUGGUUUACUUAUAAAGAGAUUUUCAUUCUUAAUUGAUGACGUUUAUUAAGUUUGUUGGUGUGGCACGAACUUAUAAUUUUACUUUCAUCGCAGAGGUGAAAGUUUUCACUUUUAUUAAAUUGAUUAGCGACCUUUCUUUAUUCUAAUAUUUGUGGAUUUGAAAUUGAUUGAGGCUAAAUAAACGUUUAAGGAAAAUGCUUGAAAUGCUUACUUAAUAAAUGAUUGAAAUAAAAUAAAAUAAUGUCUACAAUAAAUUAAAUUUAUAAAAUAGUAGGUACUUUAGUAGGGGAGCCCACGAUACUAAAUCAGUAGGAUUUUAAAAAAAAAAGGUUCUAUUAGGUUGUUGAAU